UAGUUAUUUACAAUGGAAAUGGCUGGAGGCUCAACCAAUUACAUACAAAACAUUUCGUAUGUAUCGUGUACUGGGCAAAGGUGGCUUUGGCGAAGUUUGUGCAUGUCAGGUACGUGCCACAGGGAAAAUGUAUGCUUGCAAAAAAUUAGAAAAGAAGCGAAUUAAAAAACGCAAAGGCGAAUCUAUGGUCUUGACUGAAAAACAAAUACUGCAGAAAAUCAAUUCCCGUUUUGUUGUUAAUCUGGCCUAUGCUUAUGAAACAAAGGAUGCUUUAUGUUUGGUGCUAACAAUAAUGAAUGGUGGUGACUUGAAAUUCCACAUUUACAAUAUGGGCGGAGAGCCGGGCUUUGAAAUGGCACGUGCCCGAUUUUAUGCUGCCGAAGUUGUCUGCGGUCUGGAACAUUUACAUCAACAAGGCAUUGUCUAUAGAGAUUGUAAACCUGAAAAUAUCCUGCUAGAUGAUCAUGGGCAUGUUCGAAUCUCAGAUUUAGGUUUAGCUGUAGAAAUUGACGGGGAAAUGGUACGAGGUCGCGUAGGAACAGUGGGUUAUAUGUCCCCAGAAGUAAUUGAUAAUGAAAAAUACUCAUUUUCACCGGAUUGGUUUAGUUUUGGCUGUUUGCUCUAUGAAAUGAUUGAGGGUCAGGCUCCGUUUAGGGCACGCAAAGAAAAAGUCAAGCGCGAGGAAGUCGACCGAAGAGUUAAGGAGGAUCCUGAAAAGUAUUCCAGUAAAUUUACCGAUGAGGCCCCUUCAUUAUGCCAACAAUUACUCGCCAAAUCUGUUAAAUUACGUUUAGGCUGUCGCAAUGGCCGUUAUGGUGCUCGUGAAGUCAAACUGCAUCCGUUCUUUAAUUGUAUCAAUUGGAAACGUUUAGAGGCUGGUAUGGUUGAACCGCCAUUUGUACCAGAUCCCCAUGCAGUUUAUGCCAAAGAUGUCUUGGAUAUUGAACAAUUUUCAACGGUCAAAGGUGUUAAUAUUGAUGAAUCGGAUUCGAAUUUCUAUACGAAAUUCAAUACCGGUUCCGUUUCAAUAUCAUGGCAAAAUGAAAUGAUGGAAACCGAUUGUUUUAGAGAAUUAAAUGUAUUUGGUCCCGAUGAUAAUCCAACACCGGAUUUAUUAAUAAAUGCCAUACCUCAACCAGAUACAACUGGAUGUUUUCCCUUCCGAAGAAAGAAGAAACAACCGGCUAGAACUCAACCCAUUCCCAUUCCCGAACAUUUGUUAACCACUAGUCAUAGUGUUAGUUCAACAACUGUUGAGAGCUGAUAGAAGAAAAUCAAUAAUUCCAUAACAAUAAA